UGUAAUCUCAUUGGGCACCAGCAGCGGAACUCAUCUGUUCAAAAUGGUUUAUGGUGAAUUUUUCCGCAGACCUGGCAAAGAUGCAGAACUUAUCAAUCUGAAUGUGGGUGGCUUUAAGCAAUCAGUAGAUCAAAGCACCUUGCUCCGAUUUCCCCAUACCAGGCUAGGGAAACUUCUCAAAUGCCAUUCAGAAGAGGCUAUUCUAGAACUGUGUGAUGAUUACAGCGUUGCAGACAAGGAAUAUUACUUUGACAGGAAUCCUUCCUUGUUCCGAUAUGUUCUGAAUUUUUACUAUACAGGCAAACUUCAUGUCAUGGAAGAACUUUGUGUCUUUUCCUUCUGCCAGGAAAUAGAGUACUGGGGCAUAAAUGAGCUCUUCAUUGAUUCCUGCUGCAGCAAUCGGUACCAAGAAAGGAAAGAAGAAGGUCCUGAGAAAGACUGGGAUCAGAAGAGCAAUGACAGAAGUAUAGACUCCUCUAAUGAAGAGUCAUCCAUAUUUGAUAAAGAACUGGAAAAGUUUGACAAUCUAUGUUUUGGUGAAAUAAGAAAGAAGAUCUGGGUCAGAAUGGAAAAUCCUGCAUACUGCUUGUCUGCCAAGUUAAUUGCCGUGUCAUCCCUGAGUGUUGUCCUGGCAUCGAUCGUGGCCAUGUGCAUUCAUAGCAUGCCAGAGUUUCAAAGGCUGGAUGCCAAUGACAGGGAGAUUGAAGACCCUGUGCUGGAAGCUGUGGAGAUUACAUGCAUCGUCUGGUUCACUGCUGAACUAGUGAUCAGGCUCAUCACUGCUCCAAGUCAAAAGAAGUUCUGGAAGAAACCACUGAAUAUCAUUGAUUUUGUCUCUAUUAUCCCAUUUUAUGCCACAUUGGCUGUGGACACAAAAGAAGAAGAAAGCGAAGAUAUUGAAAACAUGGGGAAAGUGGUUCAGAUCCUGCGGUUAAUGAGGAUAUUUCGCAUCCUGAAACUAGCCAGGCACUCCGUAGGACUGCGAUCUUUAGGCGCCACUUUGAGACACAGCUAUCAGGAAGUUGGACUUCUGCUUUUGUUUUUGUCUGUUGGGAUUUCUAUUUUUUCCGUGCUUGUCUACUCAGUGGAGAAAGAUGAUGACUCAUCAGAACUGCACAGCAUUCCUGUUUGCUGGUGGUGGGCAACCAUCAGCAUGACCACUGUUGGUUAUGGGGACACUUACCCGGUCACACUUGCUGGAAAGCUGCUUGGCACCCUAUGUAUUAUCUGUGGAAUACUAGUGGUAGCACUUCCAAUCACCAUUAUUUUCAAUAAGUUUUCUAAGUACUAUCAAAAGCAAAAAGAUAUUGAUCCAGACCAAUGCAACAAUGAUCGCAAAGAGAAAUGUAAUGACUUACCUUAUUUUAACAUUAGGGAUAUUUAUGCAAAAAAGAUGCACUCCUUCAUUUCUAGCCUUUCUUCAGUAGGAAUUGUAGUCAGCGACCAAGAUUCAACAGAUGCCUCCAGCAUCCAGGAUAUGGAGGAUGUUUAUAACACAACGUCUUUAGAGAAUGGUACAGGAAAAUGAAUUGAAUCACAUUCUGUUCCCUUUAAUUCUCUUCUGGUUCUUGGUAAAUGUGGACUCAAAAAUUUCAGUGAAUUUAUUAAGAGCAGUUAAUUCUCAGGGUACUUAACUCUCAGCCAUAUUUGGACAUUCUUUGCUCUGAGGAUGCCAGAAAAGCUUCAUUGUUUAUAUGAGGCUUUAAAUUAUGCCUCAUAUGGUGGCUUAGUUUUUACACAGCUAAUGUUAUGCAUUUUUUGGGAGAAAAAGUCAGGAGAACAGUUUUAAAUGUGAGAUCAGUGUUUGUUUGGUUUUGUGGUGUAGUGUUUUUUGGUUGUUUUUUUUUUUUAAUUGGUUGUUUUUUUCCUCUGCAGCAAUCUGAUAGCUUAUACAGAAUCUGCUUUUAUAAUUUGCUGCUUUUCAGGUAGAGAUAUAUUACAAACAUAAGAACUAUUGCACAAACAAGUGAAGUUUUCACCUGCAAAUACAUCAGGAAAAAGAACUAAUUACAUAUAUGUAAAACUGUGCUCACUAACACAUUUACGUUAUUUUGGAGCUGGGAACCUGUUUCCUAAGUUGGGGCAGAAAAUAUAUUGGUACAUAUUGUUUUUUACUCCAUGGAAGCAUAAUAUUUAUGAAUUUCUUUCCAAAAGCACAAUACAUUUUAGUUUGUCAAAAUAAAUUAUUCCCAUUGUGCCUAUAUUUUCCCCAGUGUCCAGCAUGGCCAAGCUUUAUCAUGUCCUAAAGGGUCUAAAUGAUGAGUCCCAGGAUGAAGUGGCUGGUGUAGGCAGGACAGGAGCUUAUUGUACCAUUUAGCCACCUCUUCGUCCUUUGCAAACUUAAGCACUUCUGGUGCCUGAAGAGGAUCCUGCUGUGAUUAAGACCACCCCAGGAGCUUCCCCAGAGGCUUUGUUUUGUCGGCACUGAAGCAAACAUCUGUGGAGGUCUUUAGAAAUUCCUGCUCCCUGCUGUCAGUGCUGCUCGGUUGCUGGAGGUUACUGCCUCGGUGGUAGGAACAAAUGUGAGCAGCAUCUCAGCUGCACUGGUUCUCAGUCCAGGGCUGUAAUGCCAAGCAACAGAGAUGUGUGGACAUGCUCUCCUCUACCAUAUAUCACCCAUCAGAGAUGCAGAGUGGGCAUUGUAUGUGGGCAUCUAUGUGUGAAACUAUUUCAGCUCCUUUUUCUAAAGCUUAUCUGUUGGUGAUGGCAGCUUUCCUGGUUGGUACUAUAGGCUGGAGUGGUGCUCAUUGCCUGGCAGAGUGCUGCAGCUCUGUGUUCCUCUCCUCUCCAGAGGUUUCUUAUGCAACCAGUUAAUCCUGCUCUGGUUCAGAUUGGAUCUUCUAGGGCUAUUCAAAAGGAAGGCCAACCCUUGAGCCUAGCAUAAAGGAGUGCUGGAGAAACCUGAGGACCUUACAGAAGCCCAUGAUGUUUCUGAACACUCAUUUUCUUUCAUUUGUCUGGUGACUAAAUUACAUGUUGGGCAAUGGAGAAUUGAAGAUACUGUGAUGUUGAUAUUUUCCUUAAACAGAGGCUUCACUCUAUUUUUUUUUUUUUUUUUUUUUUUGGUAAUUAUUGGGCCGAAUGCUGAAGCCCUUGGUGAGUUUCUACUCAGGCAGAUCAAACUCAGUAGGAGUUGACUUCAAGACUGAGAAAACCAGAAGAUGGCAAUCAAUUUUAGCCUCUGCAGAAGGUUGAUUUUUCAGGUGUAUGCCAUGGUUUCUAUUGCAAAAUACAUUAAGUAGCUGAGGUGCACUUAUAUUUACUGAGGCACAGAGCUCUAACCUCUUUCUGAGGUGGCGAAACAAGAAAGAAUAGGAUGGAUCAACCUAUACCUUUGGAAAGAGGUGUCCCUCAGGACUGCUGUGCACCAAUAUAGUGAUAUGGGACUUAAAGAGAAUAUUUUGACCUUUGGAGAAACUUCAGAAUUUGGCUUAUUACUUGCUGAGUGUUGUAAAUGUAUGUGAUGCUUCACAGGUAAUUAAGGUUGAUUCUUCCCAUAGUUAGUGCAGGAAUACCAAAAGGGAAAGUUAGCCUAAAUGUGAUUUGUUCUACUGAACAAUUAACAUUACAAAGAUGCAAUCAUAUAAAAUAUUAAAUAUUUAUAUGCAUAUAAACCUAAUAGGAACCAGCAGAAUAACAGCAUAAAAUUGCUCACUGUCCAAAGAAACUCUCUUGGUAGUAUAAAGAUAUAUUACAUUGCCACUGAAGUUCAAAAGCAAUGAAAAAUAUUGUAAUGCACAAAACCUGCAAGAAAUUUAUAUUAAAUAGUUGAAAAAAACCCUGCUACUGAAAAAUCUUAUUUUAUAUAUUAAGCAUUACCCAAGGAUCACAGAGUAUACAACUUUUUGUAUUAAAUUUUACUGACUGGUAAUUCGUCAUACAAUUAAUAAGCUCUUGAUCAAACACAUGACUCAGUCUUAAGGCUGUGAUACUGUUUAAGUUUCUAUGACUUUUUUUGUGCAGAGAUACAGCUUGCAGCAGGAACAUAACAGAAGGUAAAGUACAUAUCAUACAGUGUAUGUUAUUUUGAUUUCUGUGAUGAGAUCUCAGCUUUUUUCAAAUCAGUUGCAUCUUAAAUGGCUUUGUUGUUUUCUGUGCCCUUUGCUGCAAUAAAUCCAGCACCUUGGUUUCACAUAGGUGUAACUGGGAGCAGGAUGUGAGCCAUGUUUCAUACCAAAAGACACCCUCCUUGAGGCAUGACUGCAGCCCUGUAACAUGCACUGGUACCAUGGAGUGUCACAAGUCUUGAGUGCCAGAAGCAAGCAGAUGACAGCAAAUACUGAAAUACUGCAUGUUCUUCCUGCUAGUAAAAGUUUUUAGUAAACGAAUUAACUAGUAAGAAAUAAGCGUAAGAGGGGAUUGUUUCUUGUUUAAUUUGUCUUCUUCCUUUGUCUAUAGUUACAUAUUAUUGGUAUGUAAUACCAGUGUGAACAGAAGGUAGAUUGUCUAUUGGUUUUUUAUUCCUGAACCACAUGUUUUUCUGCUUAAAAAUGCUUCCUAAAUUCUCUCCACUCAGCUGCUCUGUUUCAGACACCAAAGCACAGAAAAGGUUACUGUUCUGAUAUGCAUCCCAUUUUAUGUGGGAGAGAUGUGUUGGUCUUUAUGCAGAACAGUUUAUUGGCACGUUAUUAAUUUCUUUGUCCUGAUGGCAAAUAAUUCCCUUUCCAUAUCCAGUAUUUCCACAGUAGCAUCCAUCUUUGCAGCAGUUUUCACUGGUAGCAUGGGAUGACACCACGGCACAGUGUUGCUGCCCACAGCUUGUGCCUUUCUGGGAGUGAGCUCUGUCACUGCCACCAUUUUUUGGUGUGUGUUAGAAGAGGGAAAAGGCCGAUGUAGAGGAAUAAGAAAAGAGAAAAGGGAGAAGGCAGGAAGCCGUUAAUCAAAAGAGAUGACAGGAAAACCUGAGAGGACCUUAGAAGAAAGGGAAAGGUAAAAGAUGACAGAAAGGGUCCUCACAUGUCUUCACUUUAUUUCUUGUUCUUUUCCACUAGUGCUUUUCUUCCCUUUUUUCCCCUUCUGCCUCACAUCCCCUCCUGCUACCACCUUGGCCUCCCUUCCCACCCAGCCUGUGGCCCAGCAGUCCUGCUUCUGUCCCAGAACGAGGGUGUCUCUGAGUCUGGAAAGGCAUGUUUCAUCCACCUGGAUGGCAGCAGGCAGAUCUUAACAGGAAUGAAAUUAGUGAGCACUUCUGCUGUAUAUAUGAGCAGUCGCUAACACACUUAAGGGCUGUGCUUUUUUGUAAGAAAAGUCACAGUGUGGCUCAAAUCAGUGAGCAUAAAUAUGAGCUAAAUAAACAUCUGUGUCAGGUCUGUAAAUGAAAUAGCACUUAUGGCUUAGUAGGAAUUAGUGUCAGGCACCAUAAUGCAAAAUACUACUAUUUAAAAGCAGACUUUGUGUCGGUUCCCACAUGAACAGGUUGCUGUCAGAGAAUGCGGAGAGUAUCAGGCAGAUUUAACUGGCAAAUGCAGUACACGGGCUUGUGGCACGCCAAGGGCUCCUGACAGGUUGCUGUGUAUUAUUAAUACAUUUAUUAUUUUCCACACGUUCCUAACGUCUAGAGCAAGUGACAGAAAACCACUAAGGUGUGGAGAUUUCCUCUAAUAUUUUUUUUUUAUUAGCUGAAAGUGUUUGUGAAGCUGCUAAUACUUCUUCAUCCAAAAGAGGACAUUUCUCAAACAAAAUCAGAAUAACCCUGUGCUAGAUGUGCAAUUUGUGACUGACAGCAGUAGCUUGGUUGCAGUUGGUAAAUAUUGCUGUCUGGUGCUGUAUGACUGCGAUGCUGUUGCUUGUAUUUCUGAAAUGUUUAUGCUCUGUCAAUUAAAAGACAGCAGAUGCCAUUAAAACUGUCUCAGCACUUUUCUGCUACGCAAUUAUUGUGGUGUCUCUUCUAAGCACAGCAAAAUGUCAUGAUUUGCUGAGACCUCUUUUUCUUAGUUUCUCGUGUAGUCAUCAUUAAUUUUUCAUGAUGAGUCCGUGGUCCAAGCACAGUCUAGCAGAAGAAAAAGUCACUGUGUGUUUCUAGACAAGUUACAAGACUUUGUUAUUGACUUCCACUCUGGCGUUGCCCUCCCACCUCACUGGCACAACUAAGGUGGUACAAGGAGUGGUAAUUCCUUGUGGAAUAGGCUGAUAGCUGUUACAGGUAGUUAAGGAGUAAAAAGCAGAGCUCCUGGGGGGUGAAUAGAGUUUAUACAUAAUUGUAUAUAUGCCCUCUGGGCAGACUCAUUUAGGUGCAUGAUAUAAUCAGAUUAAGUAUAAAUUAUGACACUUUCCCUGAGGAAAUCACCUACAUUUCAUGUAUUUUUGGUGCAUAUAUUGGAGAGGCAGUCUUUGCUCAGGGUUUUAGCAGGUCAGUGGCUGCAGGUCAAGGGCUCUGUCAUCCACACUCAUCAGUUUUUCCCAUAUCACAUAUAGCAGUGGGAGGGAAAGACUUUGCAGCAUGCCCAACAGGCCCAUGAACCUGUAGGCCAGGGAACUGGGUUGCCAAGAUGAGGGCUGGUGAUGGAGGAGAAGCUUAACUGGUCCUGUAUUUUGCCAGUUAAAACCAAUACCAUGCAGCUUCAUGUGGUGAAUAUGAAGGUUGUCUGCUCUCCCUGUUUCUUCAAAACUAUUUCAAGUUAGACUCCAAGAAGGCACUGCAUUAUAAUGGUAUAAUUUUUAGUUGGUUUCUACUAUUUAAUGGCAUAUAUAUUGCUAAAUUAAUCUAAUUUUUUAUGGCAUUCAUCACUAUUUCCACUGCAAAUCCUACUCUAGCUAGCAUAUGACUGUAUUAGACGUUGAUGUAGCCUCAUUUAGUAUCAUUGUCCUUGGAUCUCUUACAA